GUGGUACCUUCAAAUGUUGCUAUGCUCUGCUCCCCGCGACAGGGCUUGGCGGACAGGCAUCAUGCAGCCAGCUCCGACCUUCACCUCCACCUUCGACUGACUGACUUGCGCCUGGGCUUCGAGCUUCGCCGACGAGCAAUCCGACACCCCUCAUCACAUCUCACAUUCAAGCAGAAAAACCUCGCCUCUAAUUACGCGCCCGAAAUUCCCCCCUCGAAUUUUCACUCGCCAACUCAACAUUCUUCCACCCCAACGGCGCUCUACUAUCACAACCUCGCACGCGAUUACCUCUCGUCAUUAUCGAUCCAAAGAGAAGGAAAGACACGCGCGUGUCGCAUACUUGGGAGCAGCGCAAGAGAGGGAAUAAGAUCAGAAGAAAUGUCCGGGCCCCCUCCAGGGCCUGGUCCCGGUCGCGCAAUGAGCGUGGGCAACGGUCCUCCCAGCGCUGGACUUCCGCCUCAGCAUGCCAUGCCGCCGCAACAGAACUCAGUGCCUCCGCCCACGGGAGCAUCUUCAGUGCCCCAGACGCAGAAUCUCAACCAAAUAGUAUUAGAAUAUCUUAGCAAAAAGGGCUAUGUACGCACAGAAGCAAUGCUACGCAAGGAAUCGGAGCCUGCCGGCGCAAAUGGAACUUCGCUCGUCUCUCAGAGCGCUGAGCAGGGCAGACCCAAAUACAAGAAGGCUUUCGAUCUGUUGCGAACCUAUACCGACGACGUUUUGGACGUAUACAAGCCCGAGCUCCGCAAGCUCCUCUGGCCUAUAUUCGUAUACUCAUUUCUAGACCUUAUCCGCGAUUUCUUCAGCAAAGACGCAGAGAAAUUCUUUGCUGACUAUCGAAACCUGUUCGAGCGCGACCACACUGACGAUAUCAAGACGUUGGGGGCAUUGAGACUCCCGGCACACUUAACGGACAAUCGCGUAGCCAAACUAUAUCUCGAGAACAAAUACCGCAUCACCAUGACCACGAUGCCGUUCUACAACAUGAUACAGUUUCUGGAGUCGAAGCAAUGGGAUGGCGGACAGGUCAUCACAGAUUUGAUACGAGCGCACCUGCAAAUCGUCACCGUAGAUCGGACAACCACCGCGGAGAAGAGUAUUGCGGCUAUUCUUGCAAGUGGACAGGGCGAGGAUGAACUGCCUGCCGAAGAUGAAGGUAUUCCCGGUCACGCGCCGGGACAUCCAAACACACAGCGAUAUGACGCCGAUGCCGAUGCAGCUAGAAUUCGCCUCGCUCUAGGCCCAUAUCCGCAAGAUCAAGAUCUGCAAGACGAUGUACGUGCAGCCUUACAGGACGAGGAUGCCAAGACGAUGCCAAGACCAGGGCAAACAUCUCUCGUGGACGAAUAUGAACAGCGUAUAAAGCGAGAACCCACUGACGAUGUACCUUCGAGAGACACCAUUCCAAUUCCACCUUCUAUGGCAAGGGAUGUUUCAAUGGAGGUCCAGAAAGUUAUUGAGCACCGUGACCGCUACAGGCUGGAGAACACCCGUACUGGUGGUGUCGGACCUGGUGUGAGCGUAACCAUGUACACGUUCCACAACACGUUUGACAGCAUCAACUGCAUCGACUUCUCCGGGGAUAACAAACUCGUGGCAGCCGGCAUGGCUGAGUCUUAUAUCCGUGUCUGGUCUAUGGACGGCAGUGAGCUUACAUCGUCCGUGGCCGAAAACAGCCAACCGUCUUCGUCCCGCCGUUUGGUCGGGCAUUCGGGCCCGAUUUACGCUGUCGCUUUCUCUCCGUCCACCGUGAAUCCCGAUCCAAAUGGACCUCCGACGAACUCGCAAUUCUUGCUUUCGGCUUCGGAAGAUAAGACUGUUCGGCUAUGGUCUUUGGACAUGUGGCAGUGCUUGGUCGCAUACCGUGGCCAUGACAACCCCAUCUGGGAUUUGCAGUGGGGACCUUUUGGACACUACUUCUUGACAGGUUCCAACGACCGCACUGCGAGGCUAUGGUCGACCGACCACAUCGAGCCGCUGCGUAUUUAUGUAGGCCACGACAAUGAUGUCGACUGCGUGGCCUUCCACCCCAACAACUUCUACGUCUUUACUGGCUCCUGUGACAGAACGGUGCGAAUGUGGCACAUGUCCGGCGGUAACUGUCUGCGCCUCUUCACCGGACAUCCCGGGAAUGUGACGGCUAUUGCAUGCUCCCCCGAUGGUAAGACUCUCGCUAGUGGUGACGAUGCUGGCAACAUCAUCUUGUGGACGCUCGAAACUGGUCGGAGGAAGAAACGCAUGCGCGGUCACGGGAAAGGGGGCAUCUACUCGCUCUCAUGGAGCGUCGAGUCGACUAUCUUAGUAUCAGCGGGCGCCGAUCAGACCGUUAGAGUGUGGGACGCCAUCCAGGAGACGAACGAGUCGGCAUCAAAGGCGGGAGAUGCGGCCGCCGCCGCCAAGGCAGACGGCGCUCUAAGUACUAAAGGAGCUUCGGGUGCACCUGUCAGCGGUAAUAAGAAGGCUGCAAAAGAAACUGGGGUGUCAGCGGAUCAGAUCAGUGCUUUCCAGACAAAGGAGAGUCCUGUAUACAAGGUUGCUUUCACGCGGAUGAACUUGGUACUCGCCGGUGGUGCAUAUCUGCCUAAACCUGCGAAGUAGGUCUUCUUGGCUUAGGAUGGCGGUGGAAGGCGUUCUUCUGUUCGAGAAUUUGUUUUUAUUGGUUCACAAAGGCGAAAGCGGGAAAAUUUAGGGGACAAGGGGAUUGUUUGAGAUACUCUUCCUCCUUUUGGGGAUUUCUGACCUUCUCAAGGGAAUGGUGGCUCACGUACUGUGAGAUUCCCUGAUAUAUCAUAAUGCAGAAGCUUCAAUCGAAUCGAUUGGCAUAUUUUCGAUCUCCAGACUCAGAUGCUCAUGACUAUGUCCUUAGCCCGACUAGCACUUCCCUACUUCCCUUCUCCGCGCGCAAGUACUAGAUCUCUUGCAAUCCCUCCAUUGUCUUCGCAAUGACACUGAUAUCCUCGGGCGUACUCCUACAGCACCCUCCCAAUAUCCUAGCCCCAAUCUCCCAAAACCCCUUAGUCCUCGCCACCAACCCAUCCCCUCCCUUCCCUUCUCCGCGCGCAAG